AUGGUGUUCGGCCGUGUGUCGAAACCUUCGUCGAAAGACUUCACCGGCACUUCUCUGUACAUCUGGUACGACUUCUUCUCCUGCCCCCAAGAUAUGCAUGGAGAAGCCCCACUCCACCGAAGGCAGGCCAUCAACUCAAUUGUGAGCUACAUCUCUCAGUGCAAGUACUUCGUCAUCCUCUGUCCGGCCUUGACCCAUGUGGAUCUGCAUCAGGAGCUCGGUCAGGAGACCUGGGCAGAACGUGGUUGGUGCAGAACGGAGCGCUUGGCCAUGGAGCUUGCGGAGCGCAAGGAUGGCGCCACCAUCGUGAUCGAGAGCGCUUCGCAGCUCUACUUAAUGCUGGACGCACGCAGAUAUCUGGAUGCACCCGGAGACGGAAAGUUCACCAUCGAGGAGGACCGGCUCCAGAUUGCCCGGGUGCUGGUUCAGAUGGUGUGGAGGAAGCUGCUGUACUUGCUGGAUCAGGGUGACUGGCAUGGCUAUCGAUUCCUUCUGAACACGCAGGCCACAUGCAUUUUCAAAGGCCUGGACGUCGCCCCUCUGGAGGGCCUGAUGUCAGGCUUUGUACCAAUGAGUGAUCCGUUUGUUGACCGUACAGCAUACCAUGUGGAGUGGUUUCUGCAUGAGAACGGCUUCCGGAGCAUUUCGGAGCGAGACAGAACCGGAUGGACGCCCCUGUGUUAUGCAACCAUGACUGGUAAUGCAGGCUUGGUGGAGUCCCUGCUGGAAAAACGUGCGGAUUGCAAUGAAAAGAUCACCAAACAGAAGCCAGAGCUAAGCAUGUCAAAAGGCAUGCCGGUUCUCUCCCUUGCCACGCUUUUUCAGAGCAACGAGAUUGUCAAGGUUCUGCUGGCAGCAAGGGCGAAGGUGAACGCACGGGACAGUCGCCAUUCUAUCCCCCUGCAUUGGGCAUGCCAUUCCGACAACUUAGAAGCAACACGAAUUCUUCUUGAUGCUGGGGCUGAUCUGCGAAUGACGCAGCUGUUGGGAUUCGACGCCUUCGCGUGUGCAGCGGGAUCCGGUGCUGUGAAGGUCACGCGAGAGCUGCUGCGGAUCGACCCCGAGGUGAGCCUUCGCUACCGACUCCAUGGAGCCCUCAUUUUCUUCUCGAGCUCGACGGAGAUCGUCGCCACCCUUCUGGAGGCCAAUGCAGACGUCGACGAGCAGCUCCAAAUUGCAAAUCCCAUCUGGCGGACGAUGUUCAUGGCUUUGAGUCUCCGGCAUCGCAUCAGCCCAUCUCUGUUAACGAAGCUUGCGCACCAUCACCACCGUGCGACACCCCUGAUGUUGAGCAUCUUGUGUGGAGCCUUCGGUGCUUCCCGGCUCCUGCUCCAAGCCGGCGCGGACGUGAACAUCCGAAACA